GGUCUGGGUCAGGUGACAGGAGCAGGGCACACUUAGCAGAAGCCGGAAGGAAGGCCAGCGCUAGGCAGCUUCUGCAGGCUGACAGAAAAGGUUCCCAGCUUCCCUGGUGACUUGCGGUUCCCCAAGGACCCCAGGCUGGCGCGCAUGCGCCUGGGCUCCUGAUGCUUCUGCCGCUGCUGUUGCUGCUCCUGAGGCCCUGCGGGGUCACGAGAGCCCUUAGCUAUGACCCCACUUGGGAAUCUCUGGACAGACGCCCGCUGCCAGCCUGGUUCGACCAGGCCAAGUUCGGCAUCUUCAUCCACUGGGGAGUGUUCUCCGUGCCCAGCUUUGGUAGUGAAUGGUUCUGGUGGUAUUGGGAAAAGGAGAAGAGACCCCAGUUUGUGGACUUUAUGAAAAAUAAUUAUCCUCCUGGUUUUAAGUAUGAAGACUUUGUAGUGCUGUUUACAGCCAAGUAUUUUAAUGCAAGCCAGUGGGCAGAUAUUCUCCAGGUCUCUGGUGCCAAGUAUGUGGUCUUCACUUCUAAACAUCACGAAGGCUUUACCAUGUGGGGCUCAGACCGUUCCUGGAACUGGAAUGCCGUCGAUGUGGGGCCAAAGAGGGACAUUGUCAAGGAGCUCGAGGUGGCUGUGAGGACGAAGACUGACUUACGCUUUGGUCUGUACUAUUCUCUUUUUGAAUGGUUCCAUCCACUCUUUCUGGAAGAUCAAUCCAGCUUAUUCCAAAAGCAGCAAUUUCCCAUCUCGAAGACGUUGCCUGAGCUCUAUGAGUUGGUGAGCAGAUACCAGCCUGACGUCCUGUGGUCAGACGGAGAUGGGCACGCACCAGAUCACUACUGGAACAGCACUGGCUUCUUAGCCUGGCUGUAUAAUGAAAGCCCAGUUCGGGACACAGUAGUCACCAAUGAUCGCUGGGGAGUCGAUUCUAUCUGCAAACAUGGUGGCUUCUAUACUUGCAGUGACCGUUACAAUCCUGGAUAUCUCUUGCCACACAAAUGGGAAAACUGCAUGACAAUAGAUAAGUUCUCCUGGGGCUACAGGCGGGAAGCUGAAAUCAGUGAUUAUCUUACAAUUGAAGAGUUGGUGAAGCAACUUGUGGAAACAGUCGCAUGUGGUGGAAAUCUUUUGAUGAAUAUUGGUCCUACAGGAGAUGGCACCAUUCCUGUCAUUUUUGAGGAGCGUUUAAGGCAAAUGGGAACCUGGCUGAAGGUCAACGGGGAAGCUAUUUAUGAAACACACACUUGGCGGUCUCAGAAUGACACUGUCACUCCGGAAGUGUGGUACACAUCUAAACCUGAGAAGAAAUUAGUCUACGCUAUUUUCCUUAAAUGGCCCAUCUCUGGAAAGCUGUUUCUUGGACAACCCAUAGGUAGCCUGGGGGAAACAGAGGUAGAACUGCUGGGCCAUGGACAGCCACUGACUUGGACAUCUUCACAGCCCAGUGGCAUUACGGUGGAGUUGCCUCUGCUCAGCGUACAUCAGAUGCCCUGUAAUUGGGGAUGGACUCUUGUACUAAGUAAUGUGAUUUAACCUGCCGCUGAAAGACCUACACUGCAGAGAAGCAAGAAACGCCAAAUCCUCUAUUGAAGCCUUAACUUAACUCCACGUGGCUGUACUGGAAACAGAGCUCUUGAAAUGGUUAAGAUUAACCCAUCGUGGGGCUAGCCCUAAUACCAGAGGGCUUGGUGUCUUAUAAGGAAGAGGCAAUAAAGAUGCAGGAGCACAGGGGAAAGGCAUGUAAAGGAGGCAGUUAUCCCCAAGCCAAGGAGAAGACUACAGAAGAAACCGCAUCUCUCUUAACACCCUCAUCUUGAACUUCUAUCCUCUAGGGCUGUGAGGAAAUAUAACUUCUUGUUGUUGAAGCCAUCCAGGAUGUCUUUGGUCGUCCCUAUACCCCCCCAUCAUAAAUCCUCAUAUAUAAUGCAAGACUGUAUGUAAUGAGUUUGAUUAAUGUGUCCAAUGAGUUCCGUAAUUAUCUUUUCAUUUUAAAGACUUCCCUCAUAUUCAUAAAGCUUCUAUUUGCUGUAGACAUUUUUGAAACACAAGUCACCGCCUAGACCACUGCAACUAUUUUAUAACAUUUUAGUAUACAUUCCUCCAAUUUGGGGACAGAAAGAGGUGUGAGAUCGGAGGGAUGAUAUGAGGGCUAAAACUCAGGUUGCAAACCUAGCUGAAAAUUGGGAAGGUGUCAUUAGCUUCUUUUCUGUUCCUGUCAUGAAACACACUGACCAAAACAAUACACUGGAGGAAGAGUUUAUCAUGGCUUAUAGUGUCAGGGCGUCAUAUGGGAGUCUGUUAGAGUAUGAAGGUACAGCAGCAGGCGAGCACAGCAGCUGGAGACCACCACAUCUUCAAGUGCUAGCAUGCGGUAGAGAGUGAGUGAACUGGGUCGGGUGAGCACUGUACCUGUGGUUCUCAGGCUUCCUAAUGCUGCGACCCUUUUUAUAGUCCCUUAGGUUGUCGUGAACUG